AUAUUUUUUAAAGAUAAAAGUUAAACGGCGGGAAAAAUGGUGAAGGAAACUGGGUUCUAUGAUAUUCUGGAAGUGAAGCCCGAUGCCACACCUGAGGAACUGAAGAAAGCUUACAGGAGGCUAGCGCUGAAGUACCAUCCCGACAAGAAUCCACGGGACGGGGGGGAGAGGUUCAAGGCUAUCUCGCAAGCCUACGAUGUGCUGUCGGAUGAGGAGAAGCGCAAGGUGUACGACGAGGGCGGUGAGGAGGCGAUAAAGCACGGCGGACUCGACGACGGGGACUUGAGCAACUCGAUGGACCUCUUUGAGAAGUUCUUCAGUGGUACUUUCGGCGGUGGCAGCGGUGCUGCUGGCGGUGGCGGUGGCGGUGGCAGUUGUCGACGCGAGAAGCAGUGCAAGAACCUGAUCCACCAACUGGCGGUCCAGCUGGACGAGAUGUACAACGGCGCCAAUCGCAAGCUGCGGCUUCAGAGGCAGGUUAUUUGCAGGAAGUGCGAGGGCCGGGGCGGCAAGAAGGGCAGCAUUUCGAAGUGCAGGCAGUGCCUAGGGAAGGGCGUGGAGAACCGUGAGCUGAAGAUCGCCCCCGGGAUGGUGCAGAACAUCGAGCAGGUGUGCCGCAAGUGUGCGGGCACCGGCGAGAUCAUAUCGGCGAAGGGCCGCUGCAAGAACUGCCAAGGCAGGAAAACGGUGCGGGAGCGCAAGGUCGUCGAAAUCAAGAUCGAGAAGGGUAUGCGGGACGGACACAAGAUUGUGUUCAAGGGCGAGGGUGACCAGGCGCCGGAUAGUCGGCCCGGCGACAUCGUUAUUCUCCUGGACGAGAAGGAGCAUUCGGAUUUCGCGCGUUCCGGCCACGACCUUGUGAUGAUGAGGUCCUUGCAGCUGGUCGAAGCCCUGUGCGGCUUCCACCAGAUUAUCAAGACCCUGGACAAGCGCAAUCUGCUCGUGUCCACAGAGCCUGGCCAGGUUAUUGGCCACGAGGUGCUAAAGUCCAUUGCCGGCGAGGGCAUGCCCAUUUACAACAACCCCGUGGAGAGGGGGCUGCUGAUCAUUCAGUUCAUUGUCGACCUCCCCGACUCGAUCAGUCCCUCAGUGGUGCCCAUCCUGCAAAGUUGCCUGCCGCCGGCUCCCCAGGUUGACAUUCCAAACGAAGCAAAGCGCACUGUCUUGAUGAACCAUAAUCCCAAUGCACGUCGUCACCAACACCGCCGCAUGUCCGUUGAUGAGGAGGAUGCCUCCCAGCAGUGCGUAUCGAGCUAAGCGCCUCGCCGGGUGCUGGAUUCCACUCCCCCAAACACUCAGCUCGGAACCCAGCUCCCGAAACACUCUAAGCUCUGCUUUCAUGGCCCAAGAUCUUCCAAAUAUCCUAAAGCACCCAACUAAUCGAAUCGAAAUCAAUGGAAACUUAUCACUUCUACUCAUGUUAUAUGUUAUAUAUACUUGUUAUGUCGAAUUGGAUUCAAACCAACAUUGAAACUUAAACCGCAAACUAGCCGCCUUACAAACCUCGUAGCAUAAAUAA